UGGUUAAAUCCAGCAAAAACGUAUAAAAAUAAAAGUGAACCAUGCCACUAGCUAGCCUUCUGGACACUUGUUUGGGUUACCUACUGCUCCUCAACGUGUUCUGCUGUAGAGUGUUUAGUUGACUAAAGUGGACAGUUCAUGGUAUUUUAACCAUGCUGUUCCGGGUGCUACCAAGAACCUUUGACCUCUGGGGCGUUAGGUCACCAGCUACUCUGCCUUUUAGCACAGUCACAAGAAAGGCCACACAUUACCUUCUGUGGUUCAAGAGAUGCCCUAAGCCUCAGUCUGGCUUGCGCUGCCUCUCCUCUGGGCACACUUUAGGCUGCAGGGACCCAGGGGAUUAUGCCAGUGAUCCUCAGGUGAAGGAGUGGUUGAAAGAACUGCACAAGGACUUCUCCCACCAGCCACAACAGGAGAUCCUGAGCAGCAGCAAGGCAAAGGAAGGAAAAGAGAAGACUAAAGAAGAAGGUCUAGCAAGUGAUAUGGCAGAAAAGGAGAAGAGACAGGAAGAAAGGAAGGAAGGAGGAAGCAAUCCAGUGAAGGUGUGGAGUCGGCUAGUGGCUGAGAAGUACCAGAAGCUGGACACCCACACCCAGAUCAUCUAUGACUAUGAUGAGGAGCAGCAGCGUAGAGAGGCAGGGCUGGAGAUGGAGGAGGAGGUGCAGGGGAAGCAAGAGAAGGUUAAACUAAUGCGCGGAGAAACAGGAGUGUUCGAUGUAGAAGAGUUGGUGGAUCUGUUGCGAGAGGACAAUGGGCAGGAUAUAGUGGCAAUACAGAUACCAGAUGAAAUGAAGUAUGCAAGCUACAUGGUGAUUGUGUCAAGUGCAUCCCAGAGGCACACCACUGCACUGUCGGAGCUGGUGAAGGCAGCAUACAAGCUGAAGAAAAGCAAAAAGGACCCCUCAGUGCUGAUGGAAGGCAAGGGAACAGACUGGGUGGCAAUGGAUAUGGGGAACAUCAUCCUGCACAUCAUGAGACCAAAGACAAGAGAGAUCUAUGACCUGGAGACUCUAUGGACUGUUGGCGCAGAGUUUGAUGAGAGGUCUCAAGUGACGGAGGAAGAUCUGGUAGGGGUGCACAAGCCACGUGACCCCCUUGCUCCUCCACCCCCCGCAGGUACCUCCGCCGAGGCUGUAACGUGAAGUCUUUGAGGUAUUUAGCUUUAAAUCUACUUAUCUAAAAAUUUAUUUAUCUCUUUAUAUGCACAGCUGUUUACAAAAAUUUUGGUAUACAUUAUGGCAAGGUGAGGGCAACAUCUGACAUAACUACACAUCCCUAUUACCCAGACUUUGGAGAUAGUAUUUCCUGCUCCGUCGUGUGGUUGUGCCAGGUGUUGCCCUCACCAUGUUGUGACAUAUACCCAGAUUUAUGGAGCUGACUGUACACACACUCAAAAAAAGCUUUAUAAUGGUGAAGUGUGAUGAGAUUCACACUGAACAGCCUAUUACACAUGCAAAGACACUAAUGUGAGUAGCCUGGUACCUGCAGAUCUGUCCUUGGUGUCAGUUUGUUUUAUGGUGAAUAUGUAAUGAGUCUUUUUUGAGUGUGUGCAGUGGAAAUAUGUAUUGGGAUACAAAGGGAGAGUCCUGUGUGAUGUAAGGAAUCUAUUGAAAUUGCUCUAAAAAAUUUCCAUAUAUUUGUAUAGAAAGGAAAACAGGAUCCAGUUUUUGCUGUGUAGAAAUUACAGUUGUUUUCUAAUGUUAGUCAGACAGUGCUAAAGCAAGAUUUGGUUUUCAAUUUUUGAGAAAAGAAAGAAAAAAAGGAGAAGCUUUGUCAUGUACCAUGUUUAUAAUCUAUUUUUUAACAUGCUCAAAUUCUUUAUGUCAUAGUUUUUAAUGUGAUUCAGUGAUCACUUUUCAUUACAUGUCCCAAUUUGUGAUUAUGUAAAUACUGAUUCUUGUAAAUAGAUAUGUAAAGUUUAA